AUGAGCGACCUCGGGAAGGAAAAGGCCCCGGAGACCCUGUCCGAUGACGACUCCAGUGACUCGUACUACAAGUCAAAGUUCAAAUUCAAAAAAAAUUCAAUAGAAAUAAAAAAAAAAAGUCUACUAAAAAAUAAAAUAAGGAAGAAUGAUAUCGAGCAGAUAAUUAAGAACGAUCCCAUCCUGAGUAAUAUCAACAGGGCGCUCGACACUAAGGGGGAGGUCUUUUGCCUCGCCACGAAUAAUGAUAAUUCGAAAGGUGAUCUCAGCUAUACCUCUGAUGGUGUCGAUCAGAAGGGGCACAACGAGAAGAAUGAGCAGAAUGGGAAGAAGCCAAAAAACGGAAGCGUCGUCUACUUCAAGGAACCUACGCUAACACACAAAGAAAUCAACCUCGAGGAUAGCGAACAUGCGAAAACGGACAAACGCGAAUAUCCCAACGGAACAGACGGAACAGAUGACUGUGCUCCACUAAAAAAUAAAUGCGUCUCUACGAGUGGUGGCACGAAAAAGAAUUCCCUUUCGUCUGGCAAAAAUAAAAACAAAAAAAAAAUUGCAAUUGGUGUCCUCAACGAUGCAUACAGAGUGGACGGGGCAAAGUCUCCACCGGGGGAUGCUCCAAGAUGUCACAUUGGGAAAACCCUCACAACGAAUGACGAAAAGAAAAAGAAGGAAUUAUCCCCUCUGGCCAUUAUUAAGAAGCACGGUCGACUGGUAAACCAAAUCAACGAAAUACACAUUAGAAAUGAUGAAGAAAUUGAACACCUUCGAAACGAAUAUGCCUCGCUGAAAAAUGACCUGCACAAAAUUAUGAGCAUAAUGAACGUAGGUCAACGGGCUGUUUCUUCUUUGAAGUGA